AUGAGUUUUUAUCAACCAUCUUUGUCCCUUUACGACGUUCUAGAUGCAUUAACUAACAAGGCUGGCGCCAGAGGUGAUUAUGAAGAUAAUAUCUACGGUGGAAGACAACCUCAAAGAAGAGCUGCUAAUCAAGGGUAUGACAGAUACGACCCUUUUGCCGCUAGAAGACAGGGCUACGUUCCUGGCAGCUAUUACUAUUCAGUUCCAAACGCAUCCUACUACCAGCCAGUUUAUUACACAAAUGAAGAUGCUCAACCUCAGAGAAGACCCACGCAUUACCAUCCACACCGUACUGUUCGCAGGACCGGUGCUCCAACAACAGCUUCUAGAAGGGCUGUUGGACCAACAUCUGGUGAUGAUGUAGUUGGGGCUCUUUUGAGUGCUUUGGCCGGUGGUAAUUCCGACAUUUUCAGAGGGGAUGCUGAUGAAGAAAGUCAGAGACAAGCAACUGAUGAUGAACAAGAAAACGAUGAACAGGAGCAAGCCGCUGCUCUUGCGGCAGCCGAAGAAGCUCUUGCAAAUCAAUAUUCCGAGGAAGAAAAAGAACGUAAUGAUCAGCAAAUAGACGAGGAAACAGCAGAGCAAGGAGAAGACGCUUCUGACGAGUACAACGAAGAUUAUAACAUGCACAAUAAUGAGGAACAACAAAAGUUGAAUAAGACUACUUCCUCCGUUGACAGCGAAAAGGACGUAAACCAAAAGGAUAAACUAGCUUACGAGCCCAGCGGUUUCAGAUCUCCGGUUCCUGCACCUUUGCAAGUUUCAAACCCAGAAUUGAGACUUGAUCUACCAUUUUCUCCAGAAGUUAACGUUUAUGAUACUCCCGAACAGUACGUUGUUGUAUUGGCAUUACCUGGUGCGAACUCGAAGGAGUUUAAAAUUGAUUUCCAUCCUUCAUCGCACGAGUUACUGAUCAAAGGUGCUGUCGACAACAAGAUCGGGAUUGAUAAAAAGUACGUGAAGAUCUCAGAAUUGAAAUACGGUGAUUUUGAAAGAUCUGUCAAGUUCCCCGUUUUACCGAGAAUUAAAGAUGAAGAGAUUAAAGCAUCGUACUUUAACGGAUUGCUUCAAAUCAAAGUCCCAAAAAUUCCACAAGAUGCUAAUAAACCACAACCAAAGAAAAGAAUUAUAAUAGAAGAUGUACCAGAUGAAGAACUUGUGUUUGAGACUGCUCCUCGCAAUUUAUGA